GCAGCGUCUCACGUGGAGGCCGGAAGGCUUGGUCUGUGGGUGCAUCAGGUGAGAGCGGCGGCGCGGUGGGGCCGCCAAGUCAGGACAGGAAGGACAACGACCGGUCACCACAGACCCGCCCGCAGCUCUGGGGGCGCCCCGUGCCGCCUCCCGAGUUCUACCGGCCUGGGAACGCCGCGUGAGCCUGGUUGUGGGCUGCUUGGGGCCCUGCCAGCAGCCUGCGGUGGGAAUGGUCACCAAGACUCAGAAAGUAGAGCUGGACCUAAGUCUCCCAGAGAAGAAGAAGAAGAGGAAAAAGAAGGUGGUGGUUGCAGUGAUCAAAGACCCAGAGACUCAGUACUCUGUGUUAAACAGUAAUGAUUGUUUUGUGGAUGUUUCUCUGCCGAGGGCCACAUCCCUCUCGAAUGAUAUGGGUAAAGAGCAGGUCCCUGAGAUGCCACUGAGCAAGAAGAAGAAGAAGAAGAAGGGCCAUGGCACCCUUUUUGAGGAGCCUGAGCCCAUGACAUGGGCUGGACAGACAAAGUCACCCAGCCCUAGGAGGCAGGCCCUCAACCACUUGGAAUGCCUUAGCGGAGAGAAGAAAAAGAAUAGGAUGUCCUUACCACAAGCUACCCAAGGCUUGGGAGCGAAAGCAUACCCAAAGCAGGGUGAGGAGGUAAGCAAAGCUGGUAAGAAGCUCAAAAAACAUAAGGAGAAAAAGAUUCCAGAUGCUGCAACCCCUUCUUCCCAGGACUCUUGGCUCUGUGAGGCUGGAGAUGCUCUAUACCCAUGCUCAAGGGAGUCAGAGGCUGAGGUGCAAGCAGCUUUGGGGCAGAAACGGAAGCAGGGGAGCCCCAGAAAGCACAGCAUGAAGAAGAAGAAGAAAACCCACCCGGAGGGAGAUGCCCUCCCGGUCCACUCCAAGCCCGCCAGGUACGUGGAGAACAGCCCAAAGAAAGGAAGCAAGAAGAAGCCAGUCAAAGAUGAAGUUCUGGAAUACACCCCAGUAGACAGCCGGGAGGCCUCAGGGAAGAAGAAAGGGAAAUCCAAGAAAAAAGUUGAAGAGCUAGUUGGUGAGGGGCCGGCUGUGAAAAGGAAGAAGAAGAAGAAGAAGAGAGAGAGUGGAGCGACAGACAAUUCCUGGGAGCAGGAGAAGGAGGAGGAGUCGGACACAGACUUGGAGGUGGUUCUGGAAAAGAAAGGCAACAUGGACGAGGCCCACAUAGAUCAGGUGAGGCGGAAGGCCUUGCAAGAAGAGAUUGAUCGGGAGUCAGGCAAGACGGAAGCUUCAGAACCCAGGAAGUGGACGGGAACCCAGUUUGGCCAGUGGGAUACUGCUGGUUUUGAAAACGAGGAACAGAAACUGAAAUUCUUGAAACUUAUGGGUGGCUUUAAGCAUCUGUCCCCCUCCUUCAGCCGGCCCCCCAGCAUGACUGGAAGGCCCAAUAUGGCCCUAGACAAGAAGUCUGCGGACACACUGCAACAGAACCUGCAGCAGGACUAUGACAGGGCCAUGAGCUGGAAGUACAGCCGAGGGGCGGGCCUUGGCUUCUCCUCAGCUACAGAUAAGAUCUUCUAUAUUGACAGGAACGCCUCCAAGUCUAUCAAGCUACAAGACUAAACUGUUGUCCAAACAGUCCAGAUUGCGUUUCUUGAUGAUUUGUGCAGAGGAAAGCCAUCUGGCAAGUUGUCUUGAAUCAAAUUAAGUUGUCUUGAAUCAAAUAUCUUGCAAAUAUUGAGGACCACUCGCAAUAGGAGGGACCGGUGGGUGGAGGCUGCUGUGUGUCAGGAGCCAGAUUGAGUGACCAAAACCUGUUUUCUGUGUUAGGCCUUCCAUCCCAUUGGGUGGCACAGUGUGUUAAGUAAUAGUUGCACACAGUUGAAGUUUUAGCAUGUGCAGGGCCCAUUCUAAAUUGUCUUCCUUUGCAUUAAUGUAUUUAAAAACAAUUAUGAAAUGGGUGCUAUUCUUACCCCAUCUUACAGAUGUGGCAACUCAAAUUCAGGGAUAAAGUAAUAAAAUUGUCCAGGGUUACCUACCA